ACUUCCGAGCCUUGUCCCAGUCCAGAAUGAGAGAGACCUCCGAGAGCCUCAUCCACCUGGACCAUGUGUCCUCCUCCAUCUUCUACAAUAUUCUGGAGUUCUGCUUCCAUAAUAAGUUUAACGUUCCCCAGGAGGAGUUGGGCACUCACAUCCAGGUCAGCAGCUAUCUGCUGGCUGAGGCCUUCCUCUCAAAGUGCUUGUCAGUCCUGGCAGAUUACCUCAGGCCAGAGAACUGUUUGUUCUUCCUGAGUCUGGCUCAAGAGAUCUGUUGUGCAGAGCUGAAGAUGACAGUGUUCACCUACCUGAGUAGAAACAUGAUGGAGCUGUCUCGCCUCAUCAGGUGUCUGAACGAUGAGGAGAAGGAGGGACUUGUCCACCUAAGAACACAAGGAGAGCGACGUCUGUGUAGCCUUAGGAAGGAGAGCCUAACUUCGUGGAAUGACCCAGAAACAGAACAUGCCCGAUAUAUCUUCACCCUGAAAGGGUCAGAGGACAGCGGAGAUUGGCAUCCAGCUUCUGAGCUUCCUUUCAGGGCUGAUAAGUGGUGUUUUACUACAGUGGUCCUGUAUAACUACUUAUACGUUAUAGGAGGCUACCGACAACGUGUGAAGAGAGGCUGGGAGUUCAAGAUGGCUUCCUUUAGGUAUAAUCCCUUCACUCAAGCAUGGGUCACCACAGCUCCUCUGCUUAAGCACAGAAGGCACUUCAGUGCAGUUGCCUGUGAAAGCUGUAUUUAUGCUGUGGGAGGCUGGUACUUGGAGUACCUGGUGGCCCCAGACUCUAGCACAGCUCUUUAUACAGCAGUAGAAUGCUAUGAUCCAUGGGAGGACACAUGGAGGUUUGUCUCCCCCCUGCCGCUCAGCGACUUCCAGUUUACCAUGUCUUUGUCCCAUGACGUGCCCCUCGCUACAAGCCUUGGACACAGUAUUUAUGUGUUGGGAAGCAUCCAGAGAACUGGAGAGAAACUGCUGCUGCAGUACAACACGAGGCAAGAUUGCUGGUCUGAGCUGCUUCCUACUCUUGCCAGAAGAGAUGCAGACCUCGCCACUCUUUACUUCCUGGGUGCUACUGACAGGCUGCUUGUGAUUGGUGGAAACAACUCGGAGAAUGUGGUCACAUCAUUCUGUGUGCAGUCACACAAAUGGGGACAGGUGCACAGGGCUGAGAAAGUGGGAUUUGCAGGGCAAGGAACAGUUGCAGGCAAUCAGGUCCUGAUGCCAAGUAUAGAGCACAACAGUGUUGUGAGGAUGGAUCUCCAAACUCUCUCUCUCAGCGUUCUUCCUCCUCUACCAGUCUCAACCCACUAUGAAGCUAUCUUUUACCUUCACUUCUAAAGUUAUAGCCAGCUUUGUUGUUCAGUGUUGUAGUUGAUUUACCAAACCUCAAGACUGAGUCAACUCCCCAUGACCCAAGUCCAGGUCAUUAUGGUCUACAUUAAACACAACUGAUACAAUUCCCACCAUUUUAAAUGGAGUCCACUUACUGUUUGUGACAAACAGCCAAAUAAAUGCACCCAUAAACACACACACACACACACAAAUUACUUAGAUGUGAAGAGCAGGUUUUAAUAUCAAUAUUUUAUACCAGAUUAUUAUGGCCUAUAGCAAAAAAAAGUCAGUCCUCGUCUACAACUUCCGAGUGAGAAUACAGUCAGUACUUGAGUCCAAGACAUCAUUUCUCAAGUCUAAGUCAAAUCCAAGUCCUGAAAAUCAGGACUUGAGUCAAAGUCCUGGACUCAAGUACUACAACUCUGUCGUUGUUUUACUUUACACACAUUGACUUUUUUUGCAGAAUGUAAAAAUACUUUUUAAAUCUUUCUCCAACAUAAGGUAAAUUAUCAGUUUCUAGUGUUUAUUAAAAUAUCAGUGGUUUACUUUAAAGUUUGUUCCCAAGGUUCAGCCACAAUUACACUUGCACCUAACGCACAGAGUAACUCUGGAAAAACACAAUUGAAAAGUAU